AUGGACAAUGUAAGAAGUGUAAAAGAUGGUGGAUCACAUAGGAAGAGUGGUCAAAGUCCUACUAAAAGAUUUGAUUUUCCUUUUCAAGUAAGAUCAAGUGCAGAAUUGAGAAAUAAAGUGCUACAACAUGUUAAGAAAGAAAAAGUUGACAAGUUACAUGAGAUGCUACAAGUAAACAAUAGAGAAAGGGUUCAGGAAAUUAUAGAAGUUAUGGACGAAACACCAAAAAAAGGAACUCAACAAGAAAGAGUUCAAAAGGUUGAUCACAAUUUGGACAAAGAGACUAUUGCAAAGAAAAUGGAGAUAGACAAACUCUCGCAAUCAAAAGUAAUGAAAGAUCAUGCACAUGGUGACAAAGAAGUUGUACAAGAAACACCAAAGAAAAGAACUCAAGUGAAAGCUACAGUGAAUAGAGAAAGAAUUCAAAAGGUUGAUGGAAAAUUGGACAACCACAUUGCUAUGAAGAAAGAAGAUAGACCUAAGCUUUUGCAACCACAAGCUAAGGAAGUUUUUGCACAUGGAAACAAAGAAGUUUCACAAGGAAUGCUGAAAAAAAGAAUUCAUGAGAAUCUACUAGAGAACAAUAGAGAUAAAAUUCAAAAGGUGGAAAAACCAGUUGCAAGGAGAAUACUUAUUUCUUCCAAAAAUAAGAAACCAGAGAAAUCUACUCUAUCUUUGGACACAAUGAUGUCAAAAGCUGAAUGCUCUAAAAAGCUAAACAGGGUGCCAAAAUGCCCAUCAAUGUUGAUUGAUGAUUAUGUAGAUCUUCACAAGUCAAAGGAAAUGGAUGCAACCAAGUCAAACAAUGGAGAAAAACCGGGCAGCAGCGUUAACCGUAGCUCUAAACAAAAUCAGCCAAAAAAAGGAACUCGACAAGAAAGUGUUCAAAAUCGGGCAAAAGUCAACGAAGAAGAUGCAAUCACAAAUAGAGAAGAAGAAAAAGAAACAUCCCAAAGAAAAACUCGUGGGAAAACUUUGUGCAAAAAGAUUCAUGCAAGAACUUUGGAAGAGCGAGUAGAAGUAACCUUUAAUGAGGAUUUUAAGCCAAUUGGUCCUAGUGAAAAAGUAGUAUCUGACUUGAGCCUCUUCUUGGGAACAUUGGCUAGGAACUCAACAUUUUGUCCUCUACGUUACACCAAUUGGUCAGGAAUGCCAGAUGAUAAUAAAAACCGUUUCUGGAGAUAUACUAAUCGGAAGUUUAUCUUGCCGGUUGAAGCACGAUAUUGGAUUGAGACCACUGUUAGAGAGGCAUGGAGAAGAUAUAAGCACAAAAUUAAGAAGAAUCAUUUUUUGAAGUAUUCCAACAUGACCGAGAGACUCAAAAAUCGUCUGCCAAACGUGCCAAUAGCCCAAUUUAAGAGUCUUUGUGCUUAUUGGAGUAAGGAAACUAUACAAGCAAUCAGUGAAAAUAACACUAGAAAUAGAGCUCAACUAAAGUGGAUGCAUCAAAUGGGUCCCAAAAACUUUGCUUUGACUCGUGAAAAAGUGCGUGAAAAGGAAAAAAGAGAGCCCACUCAAUCAGAAAUGUUUGUUGAAACUCGAAAAGGAAAUAAAGGAAAGGAACUGGAUGUAGAAACUGGAAAAGUAAUUUCCCAACUUCAAGAAAUGGUUGAAAAGGAGGAAAGUGAUACAGAAGCUUUUAAAGUUGUUUUUGGAAAGGAGUGUCCAGGCAGGGUACGCUGUUAUGGGAGAAACAUAACUAAAACUUCCUUAAAGAGAAAGGCAGAGAUUAAUUCUUUGAAACAAGCCCACAGUGAAGAGGUCUCUACAUUAAGGGACGAGUUUCAAGAUAAGAUUGAUAGAUUGCAAAAUGAUUUUAAGACCGUAAUACAACAAUGCAAUCCUCAAAUUAAUAUAGAGUCAAUUGAAGAUUUGUUAGGAUUAUCUCAUGGAGAUGCUAAUAGUUCCCCAAAGGAUAUAAGACCGCAAAUGCAUUCAUCUACAUCAACUCAUGCUCCAUGUCAUGGAAAGCAAUGUAUCAAUGAAGAUGUUGAAAAGGACGAUAUAAAUGAUGAAAUCCAAGAGGACGACAUGAAUGAUAAAAUUCAACAGGACGACCUAAAUGAUAAAAUUCAAGAGGACGACGUAGAUGACGAAUUUCAAGAGGACGACAUAGAUCUAGAUGAUGAAUUUCAAGAGGACGAUAUAGAUGGUGAAUUUCAAGAGGACGACAUAGAUGAAGAAUUUAUGGAGGAUGACAUAUCUAACGAAUUUCAAGAGGAUGAUCUGGAUGAUUUACUCCUAGAAGACAAACUUGAGUGA